AUGUUUCGCAAAGGACGCGGCCUUUUUGAACUUAAAGAAAAUGAAGUGCAACAGAUUUUGAUGGGUGAUAACAGUGAGGAAGAGGACAAUUUACUGCUUGACGGUACGAUAACUGAACAUACUGACUCAACAAGACCUGAGCCUUCCACAUCAGCACCUGUAAACGAAGCACAGCAUCAACCCGUCUUCAAGUGGAAUUCGAGAACAUACGCACUAAAUGUUUUUCGUGAUGUGGAAUACGACUUCGGGAAAGUGCAAAUCUGUCAAGAAGCUGAAAAUGGACUAUUGACUCCCUUUGAUAUAUUUUGUUCAGCGAAAAAUUUUGAUAAUUUAGUGCAAUAUAUAGUAUCGGAGUCAAUACGAUAUGCUCAUCAAAAUGGACGGGAGUUUACUAUUGAUCCCGAAGAAAUGAAAGCAUUUCUUGGGAUGAAUGUAGUCAUGGGCUAUCAUAUCUUGCCAUCAUUGAGGGACUACUGGUCUACAGAACCAGACAUGGCAGUACAAUUCAUAUCGAAUGUUAUGCCAAGGGCUCCAUUCGAAGACAUUCGCCGGAAUCUACAUUUCUGUAACAACGAAGCGGUAAGAGACACAACUAGCUCUAAUUAUGAUAGGGCAUACAAAGUUCGGCCAAUAAUAGAGCAUUUCAAUGUAUCGUUUCAAAAUGCCCUCAAUAACACAGUAAAACAAUCAAUCGACGAGCAUAUGAUAAAAUUUAAGGGUCAUAAUGUAAUGAAGCAAUACAUAAAAAAUAAGCCUGUCAAAUGGGGCUUCAAAUUAUGGUGCCGAUGUGAUGCUGCGACCGGUUAUCUAUUUGAAUUUGAUCUAUAUACGGGCAAACGAACUUCUGGAAUCGAGUAUGGAUUAGGUGAAUCAAUAGUACUACAGCUAACGAAAAAGGUUGAAGGCUUAGGAUGA